UGGACGCUCCGUUUCCGCGGAUUUCCCGCACCCAGGCGGUGUGCGGUGAAAUGGAUUUGCAUCAGACGUCCUACAAUGUGGGCGUUACUCAUCUUCCUCAUCGUCUGCAUCAUCAUUCAGAUCUUCGUCACCUAUCAGACAGGAGAUAGCAAGUUGACGGGACUUCAGCACCUCUCUGUGAACAAACCGCAGGUGUUUGCCUCUCUGCAGAACAUCUUAGAAAGCUUCAGCCUCCAGUCCCUGGGAGGAUGGGCUGGCCUGGAGUCGCUUCAUGAAAACAGAACUGCAUAUAAAACUGUGCGCCCUGAUGCCGGCCAUCAUACGGAGGCAGGAGAGGUCUCACCUGGAGGACCGCCUCUGCCAGACCCUGAAAACAAGCUUAGCCUCGGACUGUCACAGAGGACCAGUUCAGCUGCAGACCAAACACUCCUUCACAUUAAUGCUCCAUCCAGCACGUUGAAGCCCGGAUCAACCUGCAGCCCCAAGUCUCACAUCCUGUUCCUCAAAACUCACAAAACAGGGAGCAGCACCAUCCUCAACAUCCUGUAUCGCUACGGCGAGAGCAGGAACCUGACCUUCGCCCUCCCUGUGAAGAGACAGAUGCAGCUGUUUUACCCUAACUUCUUCGCUGAGCGCUUUGUGGAAGGUGUGAAGAGCCAACACGUGAACGGGUUCCACAUCAUGUGCAACCACAUGAGGUUCUACAAGUCCGAGGUGGCUAAAGUCAUGCCUGCAGAAACCUUCUACUUCUCCAUCCUGAGACAUCCUGUGGCCAUGAUGGAGUCCCUCUUCUCUUACUAUAAGAGCCUCCUGGUCUUCAGAAAGUCUUUAAGCCUGGACGACUUUUUGGACAGCAGCCUGAGAAACCAGACGCUCUCCGUGUCCAAAAACAACUACGCUCACAACAACCUGGCCUUCGACUUCGGCCUGGAGAACAACGUCACGGCUGACUCCAAUGACCUGGAGGAGAGGGCCAGCGCGGCUAUCGCAGCCAUUGAACGAGAUUUCCAGCUAGUUCUGAUCUCUGAAUACUUUGACGAGUCCAUAAUCUUGCUCAAGCACUCCCUCUGCUGGUCCCUGGAAGACAUGGUCUUCUUUAAGCUCAACAGCCGCUCCGAAGGGUCCCGUCAACCACUUUCAACCACCACUGCAGAGAAAAUCAAGAGGUGGAAUGCUCUGGACUGGAGGAUCUACCUGCACUUUAACGCCACCUUCUGGCACAGGGUGGACAGUGAGAUAGGGCGAGAGCAGAUGGAGGGGGAAGUUAAUGCCCUCAGAGCGCUACAGGCCAAGCAAGCAAACAUCUGCCUGAGAGAUGGCGGUGCUGUCCACCCGUCACAGGUCAAAGAUGCUCGGAUGAAGCCGUUUCAGAGCGGCAAAGCUGUGAUUCAGGGCUACAACCUAAACCCCCUCACAGACAUGCAGCUCCAAAAAAAAUGUCUGAAACUCAUAACUCCAGAGCUGCAGUACACCCUGCUCCUGCAGAACAAACAGUUUCCAGACUUUCAUUUAUAGGGGGUCUGACGGGACAGGUCUGAGACUCCGGGGACUCCCAUCACGCAGGGUCGCAGGGUCGCACGGUCGCAGGGUCGCAGGGUCGCAGGGUCGCACGGUUGCAGGGCCCCCAGGAGGUCAUAAGCUGUUACAGUUACAUUUUCAUGAAGCUGUUUGAUUCUUUCUCUCUGUACUGAUGGGUCUAAAGGGGAGAGGGUUCCUGGUCGUUGUUGGAGCUGAGUCCUAAAUUGACGGGUCAUGCUGUGAACUGUUUGAGCUCUCCAGCUUGUGGUGAGCCCAUCAUGUCUCUUCUGUGGAAAGAGCAGCACUUUGCAAAUCUGUGUUUCACUUCCUGUUUUCAAGGCCGUCACUGAGAUUAAUGUGGAGAACUUUGUUUAUCAAUGUCUCAAGAAAGCCUUCACUCAUGACUCAUGAUGUUAAUCAGUCACCUCCAGCAGGAUGAGUUUUUCUUUCAGACGAUUAAAUUCAAACUAAAUACUGA